GUGUGCGAAAGAAGGAGAGAGAGAGAGCGAGAACGAACGACAGAGGUCUUGAUCGUUGUGUGAGCCGCACCAAGCGCUCUUCAGUUUCCUGCCUUUACCCCAGGAAGCCAUCUUGAGUUUUGCUUUGUUUUUCUUUCUUUCAAGUUAAGUUUGUUUCUCCGAAGUUUGGACUCUGCUGUUCAGAUGGUGGUGGCUCUUUGUUUCUUGUUAUAUUCUUCCUGUUUCUAAGAAGACGCGGAGAGGUAAAACGCCAGAGAGGGAGCCAGCGGGAAACGAGCCAGCAAAGGUGGUGAAGUUGGUGGAUCACCUGAAGGGGACCAGCGGUACUUGUACUAACUUCUGGAGACUGAGACUAACCCACCCUCGCCCACAUCCUUUCCUUUGCCCCCACCCCCGGGAAGCCUGAGCAGCUGGGAUGAACAUGUCGACCAGCCUCAGCCUCUCGUCAUCCUCCUCUUCUUUGCCCAGUCCACUGUUCUUUGCUGGUGGACCAGCUUUGGCUGCGAGCCCCAUGGGGUCACCUGGGGGCUUUGGCCAUAACUGCACAAGUGGAGAUCUGGGUUCUGGCGUUGGCGGAGGCGUCAUGCCCCCCUGCACCGCGGUGCCUGCCGGGGUCUCCUUCGUUAUCCAGAUCGGACUAACCAGGGAAUCGGUGUUGCUGCCGGUCACGGCGGAUUUGGCCCACGUGAAACAGCUGGCUUGCUCCAUUGUGGACCAGAAGUUCCCAGAGUGUGGUUUUUAUGGAAUUUAUGACAAGAUUCUGUUGUUCAAGCACGACCCGACGUCUAACAACAUCCUGCAGCUGGUGACGAAUGUAACUGACAUCCAGGAGGGCGACCUGGUGGAGGUGGUGCUGUCUGCGACGGCCACCUUUGAGGACUUCCAGAUCAGGCCUCAUGCUCUGAACGUGCACUCGUAUCGUGCCCCAGCUUUUUGUGACCACUGUGGAGAGAUGCUAUUCGGCUUGGUCCGACAAGGACUGAAGUGUGACGGUUGUGGCCUCAACUACCACAAGCGCUGUGCCUUCAGCAUUCCUAACAACUGCAGUGGUGCCCGCAAACGACGACUCUCCACGACCUCGCUGAACAGCACCUCAUCCCUCCGGCUGUCCACCACCGACUCGAUAUCUCCCUUGACUGCUUCGGAAGACACUCUGUCUCUGUCGCACAGUGAUGUGGGGAACUCUACGCGUCGGCUUUACUCGGGCCGCCCCAUUCAACUGGACAAGAUGCUGCUUUCCAAAGUCAAGGUACCCCACACGUUUGUCAUCCACUCCUACACCCGGCCCACCGUCUGCCAGUUUUGCAAGAAGCUGCUCAAAGGGCUCUUUAGGCAAGGCUUGCAGUGCAAAGAUUGCAAGUUUAACUGCCACAAGCGCUGUGCUGCUAAAGUUCCCAACGACUGCCUCGGGGAGACCAUCAUCAAUGGAGAUCUGCUGAGCCCCUGCCCAGACCCAGACGAGCCGAUGGAGUACACUGACCCAGACAAGUCUUCCCUGAUGGAUGAUUCUGACGAUUCUGGCAUUAUCCCUGGAUCUCACUCCGAAAACAGCUUCCCACAGGAUGGAGAAGGUGGAGCCCAAAGCUCCGUGGGCUACAUCCCCCUGAUGAGAGUGGUGCAGUCAGUCCGACAGACCACACGCAAGUCCAGUACCACCAUUAAAGAGGGCUGGAUGGUCCACUACACCAAUAAGGACACUCUGAGGAAGCGACACUACUGGAGACUCGACAGCAAGUGCAUCAUCCUCUUCCAGAAUGACACAACCACCAAGUAUUACAAGGAGCUCCCUCUCUCAGAAAUUCUUCAAAUUCAACCUGCCCAAGACUUCAGCCUUAUUCCUGCAGGCACAAAUCCCCACUGCUUUGAGAUUGUAACAGCCAAUGUCCGCUACUUUGUGGGUGAAGUAGCUUCUUCCAGAGAUGUUUCAAAUAAUUACUUGGCAGUGGACGUGGAGGUGGCCAAGGCUUGGGAGAGCACCAUUCGUCAGGCUCUUAUGCCAAUCAUCAUUCAGGAUCAACCCACCUCUACGGGACACAUCCCACGCAGACAGGCAUCAGUGAGCAUUUCGGUGUCCAACAGCCAGAUCCAGGAGAAUGUGGAUAUUGGGACCGUCUACCAGAUAUUUGCAGACGAGCAGCUGGGUUCGGGCCAGUUUGGUGUGGUUUAUGGAGGAAAACAUCGAAAAACAGGAAGAGACGUUGCAGUCAAAGUCAUUGAUAAGCUGAGAUUCCCAACCAAGCAGGAGAGCCAGCUGAGGAAUGAAGUGGCCAUCUUGCAGAGUCUACGACACCCUGGGAUUGUCAAUCUGGAAUGCAUGUUUGAAACUCCAGAGAAGGUGUUUGUGGUCAUGGAGAAACUGCAUGGGGACAUGCUGGAAAUGAUCCUGUCCAGUGAGAAAGGCCGGCUGCCCGAGCGACUCACCAAGUUCCUCAUCACCCAGAUCCUGGCAGCUCUGCGGCACCUCCACUUCAAGAACAUCGUGCACUGCGACCUCAAGCCAGAGAACGUGCUGCUGGCCUCGGCGGACCCUUUUCCUCAGGUGAAGCUCUGUGAUUUCGGUUUUGCCCGGAUCAUUGGUGAGAAAUCAUUCCGUCGCUCCGUUGUUGGCACACCUGCCUACCUGGCCCCAGAAGUGCUCCUGAACCAGGGCUACAACCGUUCAUUGGACAUGUGGUCGGUGGGGGUGAUAAUGUACGUCAGCUUGAGUGGCACCUUCCCGUUCAAUGAGGAUGAGGACAUUAAUGACCAGAUACACAAUGCGGCCUUUAUGUACCCACCAAACCCCUGGAAGAAUAUCUCCCCAGAAGCCAUCGAUCUGAUUAACAAUCUGCUGCAGGUGAAGAUGAGGAAGCGCUACAGCGUGGACAAGUCACUGAGCCACACCUGGCUACAGGACUACCAGACAUGGCUGGACCUUCGUGAGCUGGAGUGCAAGAUGGGCGGCCGCUACAUCACACACGAAAGUGAUGACAACCGCUGGCAGCAGUUUGCCCAGGACCACACGUUACCGUACCCCCAGCACCUCAUUGUGGCACAGGCUUCAAGUGAGGAUUCGGAUGAUAGUGACCUGCAUGGCCUGGCUGACCGAGUCAGCAUCCUCUAAGAGAAGGACAAGCAAAUGACAGUUUUAAGACACCCCUUGGCACCUGCUGGACCAUGCUUUACCCUACAUCUAGAAAAUUCAGGGUGGAGAGGAAGAAUUAUUUCCAAAAAAAAAAAA